CUUGCAUUAAAUUGCGAUAGCUAGGGGGUCUAUAUAAGACUGAGAAUGGCCACUGGACAGCACAAUUGGUCAAGACCCCAAUAUGAAACUGUUAUUUGUUCUAGCAGCCUUGGUGGCAGCAGUGAGUGCCCUUCCCGUUGACGAUCGUGUCAAUGGUGAGAAUGGCUGGUUCAUCCCCAAGCUCGAUGGCAACUUCGAGUGGAUGGAUAUGGCCGAUGCCGAGGAGCUGCUUUCCGGAGACGAUCAAAUGGAGGGUCGCAUCAGCACCAACGCCGUUAACUUCUAUCUGUACACCAAGUCCAACCCCACCUCCAGGCAGGAAAUCAAGUCUGAUGCUUCCUCCAUCAGUGGAUCCCACUUCAACAGGAACCAUGGCACCCGUUUCGUCAUCCACGGCUGGACCCAAAGUGCCCAGGACGACAUGAACACCCGCAUCACCAAGGCUUGGCUGUCCCGCGGAGACUACAACGUGAUUGUUGUGGACUGGGCUCGUGCACGCUCCGUUGACUACGCUUCCUCCGUGCUGGCUGUUCCUGGUGCCGGUGCUAAGGUCGGAGACAUGAUCAAGUACCUGAACGAACAGCACGGCAUGUCCCUGGACAACCUGGAGGUCAUUGGACACAGUCUGGGAGCCCAUGUCGCUGGCUAUGCCGGCAAGACUGUUGGCAGCGGUCGCAUCCAUGCCAUUGUCGGUCUAGACCCCGCCCUGCCCCUCUUCAGCUACGACUCGCCCAGCAAGCGUCUCAGCACCUCCGAUGCCUGGUAUGUGGAGUCCAUCCAGACCAACGGCGGCACCCUCGGCUUCCUGAAGCCCAUUGGCAAAGGUGCUUUCUACCCCAACGGCGGCAAGACUCAGCCCGGCUGCGGCCUUGAUCUGACCGGCUCCUGCUCCCAUGGCCGUUCCGUCACCUAUUACGCAGAGGCCGUCACCGCGGACAACUUUGGAUCCAUCAAGUGCGGCAACUACGAGGCAGCCGUCAACAACCAGUGCGGCAGCACCUACAGCAGCGUCCGCAUGGGUGGCGUCACCAAUGCCUACAUGGUUUCCGGUGACUACUACGUUCCCGUCAAUAGUGCAGCUCCAUUCGGCAAGGUGAAUUGAACCCCAUGAUCCCCCCUAUUCAAGCAAUAAAUUGAUUAAAAGUUAUAAA